AUGGUGUCUUCGAGGACGUUUGGAUCCCGUCGUUGGGCGGAUCGUCAGAGGCGACCAGCCGACGGAUCAUCCAGUGGACCAGCAUCUGGCAGAGCCCCUAAAUUUUGCUCGAGCAUUCCGCCACCCCGGCUCAUCAUAGCUCCAAAGCUGUCCACUGCUCCUACUGGACCAACGCCAGAAGCAGUAUCUGCUUCAAACGUUCUGUGGAACCGUCUGAACACUGAAAAGCGGACCAGUGAGCCCCUUCUUCCGACGCCGACUUCAAAGACCCCGAUCCAGGAAAAUUUUGGAUUCCGCGGAGGAUAUCCGGAGAAAUGCCGAAGACCAGAGCUGGAAAAAGACGAGGAAUGGAAGUUUCUCUAUGAGAAACCGUUGGAAGAUUUAGCUGCUCCAGCUCCAUCCAAACAACCAGCCAAGGUGCUUGGCCCAAUCAUCGACCUGACUGGGGAUUCGGACGACGAGGAGCCGAGUGCAGAAGAUGAGGAAGCGCUGGCUAGAAUUGAAAGGCGUGUUCGAGAGGAGAGCAGGAGAUUGGAACGAAGAAGACGCCGAGCUGCUGCGGAUGCUACAUCUCAUAAGCCAGAAUGA